CUUGCGCCAUGGCAGACAAAAGGGCCAGUGGACGCUCCUACGAAUGGCACCCCCAUUUGUAAUGGGCCAACAAAUUCCAAGUACUUCCGUCGUCCUCUGCGUUUGCGCGUGAGAAGCUCGAGAGAAGAAGAGGGCAUAGACUAGAGGGGUUUAUAGUUGCAGAGAGAGAGAGGAAGAAGGGGAGAAAGAGAAAGUCGUGCUACUGCGAUGGCAGUCAUGGGGGAUAUGGUCUUCCCCGUCGUAGCCGCUGCUUCGGUUUCCGCUUCAGCUCGGCCGAACGUCGUCUGGGCUUCCUGCCCGUACCCCAGCAGCCGGCGGCGUCCUUCUUCUUCGUCCCUCAAGGGACGAACCAGUGGAUUCGUUACUGGAAUAAGAGUACCAGAGAAACCCACAUGGCCAUUCGCGGUGUUCCAAAGUCAUGGUCCACGCAAUGAUUGCCUUCAAUGUUUCGCUUUCACAGGGAAGAUGGUUCCUAGCAAGUCAUUGGACCAAGAAGCUGAAAACAUCAUCCUUAAUGCUCCGCGGAUGAAUUUCUUUGAGCGUUUGAGCCUGGCUUGGAAAAUUUUGUUUCCAACACCAGCUGCGAGAAGGAACUCAAAUGCUAAAAUUGCAAAGCAGCGGUUGAAAAUGAUACUUUUCUCUGACAGAUGUGCUGUCAGUGAUGAUGCAAAACAGAAGAUUGUGAGCAAUGUCGUGGCUGCUUUGUCUGAUUUCGUGGAGAUAGACUCUGAAGAUAAAGUUCAACUGAGUGUGUCAACAGAUCCCGAUCUUGGAACCAUGUACUCUGUUACUGUCCCUGUCCGACGGGUAAAGCCUGAAUAUCAAGAUUAUAGUGAGAACUACACACAUAUUACCAAUGUUGAAUGCAUGGACACUGGAGAGACGUCUGGAUCUGUUGACGUGACAUUCAAUUUCUUUGUUCCUACUAGUGAUAAGCCCAAAUGAAGGAAUAUCCGUUGUCAUUGACAGCGAGAUCUUGUCAAUGGACUUUGCUUACGCUCGCCACUCGGUGUCUUUUGCUGUUCUCAAUGGAACGGUAAGUCUUAUCUGUUUUUGUGGAACUGUUGUGGGAGCAGAACUGAAAUUAAGGAGCUUUGAUAUUUGAGUGCAGAAGCGAUGGUGUGGCUUUCACUUGAGUGCUUUGAAGCCUCUGGUUUUAUGUGUAAAUAACUGUAAUUUGUGGAUCUAACUAAUGUACUUCCUAGAGGUGCCA